CUUAUUCGUGCGCGCUUAACAUAAAAGGUGGGUGGGGCUAGCAGUUCGCAAACGGUCGAGAGGUCAAUAUACACACUGCUGAAUCAGCAGUGAUUCUGGGAGAGACGAGAAAUGAACGCGGUGGUAGCUCUGUGUCACUUCUGCGAGGCGCACGGCCCAGCAAUUCUGUUCUGCACUCAGUCGUUUCACAGUGCCCACGAUGCCCAGCUCAUGAUGGACGCCGUUCCGCCGGACAAGCGGAUCCCCCUCCCCGACCGCCCUGACAGUAGAGCCUCCGACGCCUCCUCCGUCUCCUCCGUCUCCUCCCUGAUCCAGGCCCCGCCGGCCAAGUCGGAGCAGUGCGAAGCUUGUCGUUCCAUCCCUGCGGACGAGGCGGGGUUCGUCUCCUACGAUACCAAGGCCAACAUCUGCUACAUAAGCCAGCAGCACCCCGAGCAGCCCCAGUUGUACAGUGUGGUGAGACAGGCCUGUGUGAGGAGCCUCAACUGCGAGGUCUGUCCGGGGAGAGAGGGGCCAAUUGCAUUUGGUGAAGACGGGAGUUCGCACGUUCUCUCCUACACCUUCAAGAUCAAGGAUUCUCAGGCUCGCGGCUUCAGCCGACUCUACAGUCUUGUGGUGGUGAUGAUGGACAGAGUGUUCCUCAUUAACUCGUGGCCAUUCCUCGUGAAACACUUCAGAGCACUCAUCGAUGACCUCCAGGGAAAGGCAGAGUGUGUAUACAGUCGUGAAACGGAAGAGUCAAAGCAGCACACAUCUCGCUCACUGAGGUCCUCAGUUUCCAGCACCCACGGCCUCGAUCAUUUACGUCGUAUCCGUGCCAACGAGACAGGGCGGUCCCUCGUGGAGCUGACUGGAGACGGCGGCAUCUUUCGCCACCUCCAUCGCUACUUUGUCUUCCUCCUGAAGGCUGGCGGUCUGAGGAUCACUGAGUGUGUUCUGGAGGGCCCACCGAGGGUAGUGGCAGAUCCAGAGUCAAGUGGAGAGCAGCCUGGCCCCGCCCCCUCGACUCCCGAGGCUCUCGAGAGACCACUUUCAGCUGCCGACUUCCGCGUCGUUGAAGAGGAGGGUGUGUGUGUGUUAGGAAGUCUACAACAAGUGUUCCACUUGAUGGACAAGGCCUCAUUCCAAUACCUCGCCACCCACAUCCUCAAGGGAAACCAAGUCAUCGUCAGGGGCAACAGUGUUUCCUUGGUUACAUCACUCAUAAACAUACUAAAGAAUAUCGUGCCAGAGAAAUGCUGUCAGAUAGUUCCAUUCAGCAAGUCGUACAAGGAGCCGUUUGUCUGCAAUUUUCUUGGACUCUCCUCCUCGGCCGAGGUCCCCAAACAUGUGACCUCGUCUGACCUCCACGUGGUCGUCGAGAUCUUCCACCUCGGUGCCGCAGGGAGGGUGGUGGGCGGAGUCUGGGCAGGGCUGAGACUCGGCGAAGGGGAGGGGAGAGGGAGGGAGGACGGGAACCCGUGCAGCGGGUACAGACUGGUGGUGGUUCAGAGCAACUCAAAGACCAGCGAGGCUAAAGGUUUGUGUGUCUUUUAGCAGUGACACUCUGCAUCAUUCAGUGGGAAAACAAGAGGAUUUCUAUUCACAGAUUCCGUGUAAGAAUAUACACUAUCCUCGCCCACAAACUUACACGGAAAAAGCUACAUGCUUUCAGUGCUUAAACUGCAAUAAAGAUUGAUCCACUGUAUACUGGGGAUGAUCUUUUAUUUCCUCCACCACACGCGCGUUUUCUUCAGCUUCAGUGUUCCUGACCCGGCUGGUGACGCUGCUCUCCAGCGAGGUGCUCUCUGAUGCCACCAUCUCCGGCGGUCUCUCUGCUCUCAAAGAGGAGUGGAUGAAGUGAGUCACUCUCUUCAACAACUGCUCUGUAUAGCUGUGACUAGCAGUGAAACCAAGGCUAGCAAGU